ACGGCGUGCUGACGGGAUACCUUGUGUGUAUCUGAAAGCUAACCCUCGCUAGGUCCAAUCAUUUCGGAUUCUUCCUCUGACCUUUUCUCGAACCGUUCAAAGUUCACGUUGGCCACGGCGAAACAGACCUAAAAGUCGAAUUUGAAGCAUUGCUCGGUUCUUUGAGUCGGCGGCUACAGCAUUUUUGCACGAACAUCCCGCGACAUCUCGAUUUUUCGUUUUCACAACGGGGCGUGCAGGCGUCAGAGAGAAUCGACUUUUUACCAAGUUCCUUUCGGAGUACAGGUUUUGCGUCUGAAUACAGGUCGUUCUGAUUCGAUUCUCGAAACCAUCAACCAUUUUUUUAAAGCGGACAGCUACAGUUCUGAACUUCUCACUACUACUCAACACCAAAAUGGACGGAAUCAACCCCUACAACCCCGCUCAGGGCAACGGUGCCCCCCCUCCCAACGCUAAUGGUGACGGCUUCGGUACCCCCGUCUCGGGCGGUAUGCCCUUCCCCGGCAACAACGGUUCCGGAGAGAUCCCGGGCGGCCAAGCCCCUAUCCAGCAAGACGCGAAUAAGAACACUCUCUGGAUGGGCGAGCUCGAGCCCUGGAUGGAUGAGAACUUCAUCAAGGGUGUCUUCUUGACCGCCACCGGAGAGCCCGUCAACGUUAAGGUCAUCCGUGACAAGACUUCGGGCAAUGCCGGAUACUGCUUCGUCGAGUUCACUUCGUCCGAGGCUGCCAGCAAGGCCCUCACCCUGAACGGAUCCCCCGUUCCCAACUCCAACCGUGCCUUCAAGCUCAACUGGGCUUCCGGUGGCGGCAUCAACGACCGUCGCGACGAUCGUGGUCCCGAGUACUCGAUCUUCGUUGGCGACCUUGGCCCUGAGGUCAACGAAUACGUUCUCGUGUCUCUCUUCCAGGCGCGAUUCCCCUCCUGCAAGUCUGCUAAGAUCAUGACCGAUGCCAUGUCGGGACAGUCGCGUGGCUACGGAUUUGUCCGCUUCACCGACGAGCAGGACCAGCAGCGUGCUCUUGUGGAGAUGCAGGGAGUUUACUGCGGCAACCGCCCUAUGCGUAUCUCCACCGCUACCCCCAAGAACAGAAGCAACCACGGUGGCCCUUACCAACAGCACCCUGGUAACCAGAUGAUGGCCCCCGGCCUGCCUCCUCACCAGCAGGGAUUCUACGGCGUUCCCUCGCCUGCCCAGUACGGCAAUGCUUACGGAGCUCCCUACAACCCUCCUGGUCAGCAGAUGAACCAGUUCACCGACCCCAACAACACGACCGUCUUCGUUGGUGGCCUGUCUGGCUACGUUACCGAGGAUGAGCUCCGAAGCUUCUUCCAAGGAUUCGGCGAGAUUACCUACGUCAAGAUCCCUCCUGGAAAGGGCUGCGGCUUUGUCCAGUUCGUCCACCGCCACGCUGCCGAAAUGGCCAUCAACCAGAUGCAGGGAUACCCUAUUGGAAACUCCCGUGUCCGUCUGAGCUGGGGCCGCAGCCAAAACAACUCUGGUGUUGGUACCCCCUACCGUCCUGCCCCUCCCCCACCUCAUUACUUCGCUCCGGCUCCCGGCCCUGGCGCCUACGGACCCGCUCACUUCGGUGCUCCGGGUCCUCAUGGCCCUCCGGGACCUCAGGGCCCUCCUGGUGCCCCUCCUCAGUAGAUCGAAGGUCUUAAGGGCCUCCUGGACGGCCCCCUUGCCCUUGGGCUCAAGUUGAGCACCUGAGGAAAAUCGAUAGUUGCGCUCUC